GUUGUAAAUGCCUUCUGCCAGCAGCAGGACGCUGAGAUGAAGGGGAAGGUUUUGACUCGCUUACAGAACAUCACAGAGCUGCAGAAUGUGCUGGCGAAAUGCUUGGCAGCAACUCCUGGCUAUGUCCCACCGCCAGCUACUUUUGAUUCUGAAGCCCUGGAGGCUGUACCAUCUGUUAAUGCUGUUGGUCCAGUGAAAAAAAGGAAUGGAAGGAAAAAAAAGACUGAUGGCAGCAAAGCUGGCUCUGCAGAUCGUUCUCAAGCAGAUGACAGUUCUGAGGGAAACCAGCCUGAUACUGAGCUCUCUGAGCUGGAGAAGACUGCUGCUGAGAGAGAGGCAGGAAAUCCUCUGGCACAGCUGCAGAGCUAUCGCCUGUACUUCCGAGAGCUAGACCUUGAAGUGUUCACUGUACUCCACUGUGGGCUGCUGACAAAGUCUGUCUUGGACACAGAGAUGCAUACGAAGGCUUGUGAGGUUGUCCAGCUGGGGCCUGCUGAACUUUGCUUCCUUCUGGAUGACCUGUGCUGGAAACUGGAACAUGUGCUGACCCCAGGCUCCACAAGGAGAGCGCCCUUUCCAAAGGAAAGAGGCUACAAGGAUAUUGGCUUUUCCCACCUGUGUCAGAGAUCCCCCAAGGAAGUUGCUCUGUGUAUAGUGAAGCUACUAAAGCCACUGUGUAAUCACAUGGAGAACAUGCACAACUACUUCCAGGCAGUUGUUACACAAAAUCAGGGUGUGGAAGAUGACCCCAGAGUGAACAUCCAGGAGCACCAGCUUAUGUCCUCUUGUUACCAACAGCUGUUACUAACUUUUCACUCUCUGUUUGCUUGGAAUGGUUUUUCUCAGCAUGAAAAUGCUGACUUGCUAAGGUCAGCUCUCCAGGUGCUUGCAGACAGGCUAAAGCCAGGAGAGACAGAGUUUCUUCUUCUUGAGGAGCUGAUCAGUGAGAGUUUUCACUACCUACUGAAUUUCCAGCAGAGUGUUCCCAGCUUCCACUGUGCAUUCAUCCUCACUCAGCUCCUGAUUGCCAUUGCUGAAAAACCAAUGGCUGGCUGGAAGAAAGACAAAAUGGCUUCCCUAGCAAAGCAGUUCCUCUGCCGGUCAUGGGUGAAGCCUGGUGGAGACCGAGAGAAGGGCAGCCAGUUCAACAGCGCACUGCAUACUCUGCUCUGUGUCUACCUGGAGCACACAGAUAACAUCCUGAAAGCUAUAGAAGAAAUCUCCAGUGUUGGUGUUCCUGAACUGAUAAACUCUGCCAAAGAUGGAUGUUCUUCUACUUAUCCUACACUAAGCAGGCAGACAUUCCCGGUUUUCUUCCGAGUAAUGAUGGCUCAGCUAGAGAGUUCAGUGAAAAGCAUCCCAGCUGGAAAACCAUCAGACUCAAGUGAGGUGCAACUGGAGAAGCUGCUGCGGUGGAACAUUGCUGUUCGGAAUUUCCACAUCCUCAUUAACUUGGUCAAGGUAUUUGACAGCAGGCCUGUACUCAGCAUCUGUCUGAAGUACGGCCGUCUCUUUGUAGAAGCGUUUCUGAAGCUUGCCAUGCCUCUCCUGGACUACAGCUUUAAAAAGCACAGGGACGAUGUGCAGAGUUUGCUGAAAACCUUGCAGCUGAGUACCAGACAACUUCAUCACAUGUGUGGCCAUUCCAAGAUUCGCCAAGACAUUGGACUGACCAACCACGUGCCUUUGUUGAAGAAGUCACUGGAGCAAUUUGUCUACCGAGUGAAGGCAAUGCUGGCGUUCAACCACUGCCAGGAGGCCUUCUGGGUGGGCAUCCUUAAAAAUCGGGAUCUUCAGGGAGAAGAAAUUUUGACUCAAGCUUCGGACGAGAGGGACUCCGACCAGGCGGACUCCGCAGAAAGUCCCGCUGAG